GCUAAAGCAAGACCUGCAAGCCAUGCAGCAACAAAAUGGCGGUAGUGUUGAAUGUGUUGAUAAUUUGAUGUCAAAGAAUUUAUCUUUAUCCCGUUUCAUUUCCAACGAAACUCGCGAUUUUGUUCCAUCGGCGAGUGCAUCCAAUGUCGGUCUGGAGACCAAAGAAGUUCCAGGAAUCGCUGAAACUGGCAAAAGCUUCACAGUUUAUUGUGAUCUCUCAGACAGUAGUUUUAUCCAAUCAACGCUGCCACAAAGAUGUCCUCCAUCAAACACAAUUUCAAUAAUAGAAAACCCUAUUCCGAAACUGCUGCCUUCAUAUUCUGAUGAAACUGGGAUCGUUUUUCGAAAUUUCCAAUCAGGGACAAGGCAAAGCUCUGACCCGAUGCUGGCCAGUCUAAACCUGUUCCCUCAACACAACAACGGUAUGAUGUACGAAAAUAAUACCGUGAUGAACCACCAGCCAAGCUUUCAAGAGAACGAAAAGCAUAGGAUGACGUCACAACACCAAGCGGACUUGUUUCUUAACGUACUAGAUUGCGAGGCGGAGGACUACCUUGAACAGGCGCUCAUGAAUACACACGCAAUCUUAUCCGACCAGGAGCAGAUAACGCACGACAUAUUGACUGAACAGCAGCAGAACACCCACGCCAUCUUAACUGAAGAGGAGAAAACAAACGAUAUGUUCACUGAACAGCAGCAGAACACCAACGAUAUGUUUACUGAACAGCAGAACACCUACGCCAUGUUCACUGAAGAGCAACAUUCCAAUCACCCCAUACUGGCCGAACAGGAACAUACCACCCACCCCAUCUUGGCUGAAAAGGAACAUACCACUCACUCCAUCCUGACUGAACAGGAACAUACCACUCACUCCAUCCUGACUGAACAGGAACAUACCACUCACUCCAUCCUGACUGAACAGGAACACACCACUCACUCCAUCCUGACUGAACAGGAACAUACCACUCACUCCAUCCUGACUGAACAGGAACAUACCACCCACUCCAUCCUGACUGAAGAGAUGCAACACCCAGAAAAAUGAGCGAGAUUUGGUCCAAAUUUCUACGACUCGGUUUACCCCCUUGCAAAAAGACGCAUCUGUGUUAAGGGAAGAAAGUGUGUCACUAUUUUGACAAAAUGACGCACUCAUUUUUCUACGUGCAUCGCGUUGUACCAAAAAGGCAACUCGUAUCUCUGAGCUAUUCAUU